GAAGUCCAGACAUGACAAAAUCUCUGAUGACAAAAUCUGAGCAACUCCUGAGGAUAGACGACCAUGAUUUCACCAUGAGGCCUGCAUUUGGAGGUCCUCCAAUUCCUGUUGGAGUGGAUGUUCAGGUUGAAAGCUUGGACACCAUCUCUGAGGUGGAUAUGGACUUUACCAUGACACUGUACCUGCGUCACUACUGGAAAGACGAGAGGCUGUCGUUCCCGAGCACCAACAACCAGAGUAUGACCUUUGACAGUCGACUGGUGAAGAAAAUUUGGGUUCCUGACAUGUUCUUCGUUCACUCCAAGCGCUCUUUUAUCCACGACACCACCACCGAUAACGUCAUGCUGAGGGUUUACCCUGACGGCAACGUCCUCUACAGCCUCAGAGUCACUGUCACCGCCAUGUGCAACAUGGACCUCAGUCGUUUCCCUCUGGACACUCAAACCUGCUCGCUGGAGAUCGAGAGUUAUGCAUACACAGACGACGACCUGAUGUUGUACUGGAAGAAAGGCAACGAAUCCCUGAACACGGACGAGAGAAUAUCUCUGUCCCAGUUCCUCAUUCAGAAAUUUCACACCACCACCAAGCUGGCUUUCUACAGCAGCACAGGCUGGUACAAUCGUUUGUACAUCCACUUCACCCUGCGGCGCCACAUCUUCUUCUUCCUGCUGCAGACCUACUUCCCUGCUACUCUGAUGGUCAUGCUGUCCUGGGUGUCCUUCUGGAUUGACCGCAGGGCCGUCCCUGCCAGGGUGCCACUUGGCAUCACCACGGUGCUGACCAUGUCCACCAUCAUUACCGGGGUCAACGCCUCCAUGCCGCGGGUCUCCUACAUCAAGGCAGUGGACAUUUACCUCUGGGUCAGUUUUGUCUUUGUGUUCCUGUCGGUGAUAGAGUACGCGGCAGUCAACUACCUCUCCACCGUACAGGAGAGGAAAGAGAGGAAACUGAGGGAGAGGCUGCCGUGUACAUGCGGCAUUGGCAACCCGGACGACAUGAUGAUCGACCCCCAGAUCACUGGCUAUGGGUCCAUGGAUGUCAACAACACGGGGAAUUAUGGGAUGCCAGAGAACGGAGGUCGCCAGGAUCGGAUGUUGGCCCAGGUGUCUCUGAAUGACCCGCAGAUCGCAGGCCAGGUUAAGCCAUCCAGAGGCUACGUGAACAUCUGGAUAGACACCCACGCCAUAGACAAGUACUCGAGGGUUGUGUUCCCUGGAGCGUACAUCCUCUUUAACAUCAUCUAUUGGUCCAUCUACUCGUAACCCGGGAUGAAGAAGUAGACUCCAGGAGCUUGGUUAAAUCGUGAAAGAGCAGGAAAAAAACCCAUUGCAUUUGAUGCUGUUCAGAAAGAGAAACUGCACUUAAGAUGCAUGGGGACCAUUGGCAGAUUGGUGACCAUUGCCUUC